AUCUGUGCUUUGGGAGCUUUUGUAACCACGCCUGCUACUACAGCUAUGACAAACUCUGCUGUAUAGAGAAAAUCCUUCUGAAAUUUGCUGUUUGAGACUGCUACAUAGAUUUGUUAAAUGGCUGAGGAGGUAUUAAUUCCGUCACCAGGAAAAAUCACAUCGCACCUGACUGGCUCUCUGUUAGCAGUGGCAUUCCUCACCUCAUUUGGAAGCUCAAUGCUCUAUGGCUACAACCUUGCUGUCGUCAACUCCCCUGCUGUAUAUAUAAAGAACUUCUACAACAAGACAGUGUUGAGUCGUAAUGGAACAGGACUCAGUGGAGAGACCCUCACCCUAAUGUACUCUCUCACGGUUUCGGUCUUUGCGAUUGGAGGCCUGUUGGGUUCUCUCAUUGUGGGGAUGCUGGUCACUCGCUUUGGCAGGAAGGGCACAGUGGUAAAAACAACAGUCCUAGUGUUUAUUGCUGGCUCAUUCAUGGGCUUCAGUAGAAUUUGUGGAUCCCCCGAGAUGGUCAUUCUUGGUCGCUUCAUUACAGGAAUUCACUCAGGUAUCUCUCUAAGUGUAGUUCCAAUGUACCUGGGAGAGAUAGCACCAAAAAACUUGAGGGGGUUCCUUGGUCUUGUUCCAACACUAAAAUGGUACAGGGCUAAGUGUAACAUCCAGGCUGAGAUUGAAGAAAUGCAAGAGGAGCAGCGCUCCCUUUCGACAGUAGAAACUCUCUCAGUAUGGAACCUGUUGCUGGAUAACACUGUACGCUGGCAGGUGCUGAGUGUGAUUUGGUUUUAUACAAAUGACAUCUUUGAGAAUGCAGGUAUCCCAGCACCAGAGAUCCAGUAUACCACAGCAGGUACAGGAAUUAUAGAGAUCAUCGCUGGACUUAUUGGGUGUUUUACCAUUGAAAAGGUAGGCAGGAGGCCUCUAAUGAUUGGAGGCUUUGCAGUGAUGGGCAUCUGCAGUGCUGGAAUCACAAUAACCCUGAUUCUACAGGUUCAUUUAUCCUUCAUGCGUUAUGUCAGUGUUUGCUGUGUGGUCGGCAUCAUCGCUGGCUUCUCGGGUGUUCCUUUCCUGAUCACAGCAGAGCUGUUUAAGCAGUCCCACCGCCCAGCAGCCUACAUCAUAGGAGGGUCACUCAACUGGUUGUCCAAUUUUACCGUGGGCUUUGUCUUCCCCUUCUUACAGAUGUCUGCUGGAUCCUACUGCUACUUGGUGUUUGCUAUCAUUUGUGUGUCAGUUGCCAUCUAUGUUUAUAUUGUGAUCCCAGAGACUAAAAACAAGACCUUCAUGGAGAUCAGCUGGAUGUUCUGUAAGAAAGAAGCUGUUUUGGAGACGCAGGGUUUGAUUCAUGUUGACCACCUAAAGCUAAAGAAGAUGAAUGGCUAUGGGGGUAUGGAACAUGCCUCACUGGAGUCCGACAGCUCCUUAUCUGUUCCUUAAUUGAUCCAGGUUCUAUUUGAGAAUAGAACACUAUGGAAUGCUUAGUUAUAUAACCAAAACCAAAACUACAUGGGCACAAGCAAAGUUACUUAACACACAAUUCCUGCAAUUGUGAAUUGGAACAUUUGGGUACAAAAAAGGGAAGAGGGCACCACCUUUUAAUUUUUUUUAUACCUAAAUCCAUGAAAAACUCGCAUGGGAAAUGCAUAGAAUGUUAAAAACAUAUAACUUUGAUCAUUUUCUAUAGUCUUUUUUAUUGCUUUGGCCUAUUCUCUCCUUUAUUAUCUCUGUAAUAUAUGCAUACAGCUAACAUUGUGGGUUAGAAUUCUAUUGUUAGCCCAGAGUUUAGCUAAGUUUAAGAUAAUUUUAGAUUUUUAUCGCUAUAGGGUAUAUGCAGUUGUUGUGUUAAUUAUUUCAUGAUAUUUGGUGGUAUUUAUGUGCACAGUUCUCAUCAACAAUGUGCAAGUUACCUGCAGCUGAACUGUAUUCAACAAACCCAUAGGCUGAUAUGGUAAUAUACAUGACAAUAAACCUUAAGUACAGUCAUUCCAGGAAUAAUUAUCGGUUGGCAUAGUAAAAUAAUGCUGUUUACAAACCACCCUGUUUGAAAUGCAUAGAGAUUUUUUUAAGUACAACUCUAGCUGCUCUGUAAAGUUUCUUUCAAAAGUGUUUGUUACUAGCAUCCCAUACCCAAUGUCUGUUAACCACUAAACAGUGGAUUGGUUCAAAUAAAUUUUGACCACACCAGCAGUCACAAUUCUUGUGUGUGAGGGCACACUAAAAUAAAAAGUAAUUAUUAUCGUAAUUAUUAUUUUUAAUCAUUAUUUUGGAUUGUGAAGCUUUAGAAAUGAGUGAUAAUGGUAAGGAUUUUGAUGACGACAAAACUCAGUUUAAUAAUUACAACACUAUCAUUGAGAAAAAUGUUUAAGUCUUGCAGCUACCACUGCCCAAGUAUUCUGAAAGGAUAUGUACUGUUUCCAAAUAAAUGACAUACCAAAGUGUUUGCUAUUUUCUCUAUGAAAAUUUGCAAAUAGUAUUUACCCUAUAGCAUCCGAUGUGCCACAUUAUCUUGCGGCAACUCUGA